AUGCUCCCCGAGGACCCUGUGAGAGCCUUUCAGCUAUGCUACUGCGGCUGGUUGAUCCUCUCGAUGCUCACCAGCUCGAGUCAGUACCAGCUCUUCUACACGUGGUUCCACAGCAGCGGCAUCGGGCUGGCGUCAAAGCGAGGCUUGGGAGCGCAUCCCAGCAAGCUGUACGGCAUCAUCACACCGCCUGCACUCACGCCGCUGCAGAUGCGUGCCGUCGGCGUCGCCUUCACUGCCUGCCUGCUCGCGUCGCUCGCCCCGCUCGCGCCGCGGCCGUUCCUAUUCGGCGCCUUUGCGCUCUCGUUGCUCUACUUUCCGCAGCUCUACGCCGAGGCGACCCUGUCGGGGCACAACCCGAUCCUGCUGCUGCGAGUGUACCUCGCGUCCGGGUACGUCUCGUCCGGCGUCGCGAAGGCUCUGACGCGGUCGGUGCAGUGGCGGCUGGUCAAGUCGCCGCGCCUCCUCACGAUCUUCGCCAGCGGGGCCCUCCUCUUCGAGCUCUCCUUCGCCGUGGCUCCCUUCAGCGGACGCCUCUCGCCGCUCUGGUGCGCCCACGGCCUCGCCUUCCACGCCGGGAUCCUGUGGCUGCAAGGGCUGGACUUCGUGUCGUUCUGGUCCGCCUCGCUGCUCGUGUUUGCCUUCCCGCUCUCCUCCCUCCUCUCCGCCGACUUGCGCCACGCCUUUGAGCAUGAGCCGCUAGAAGACGGAUUCUUGCACGAGCCGCUCUGGCUGCUGCCGGCCGCGCUGUACACCCUGCUGCAGCUUCUGACGGCGGUGUCGCUCUACGACCUCUGGCGCGCGCUCGACGACAUCCUGCCCUUCUCGUGCUGCCCGAUGUUUAUGCCCCCGCGGAGCCCGUUCGACCCGCUCCCAAAGUGGCAAACCAUGACGACCGCGCCGCUGACGGGCAACAAGCUGCCGCAGCGGGUCGUCUGGUUCGGCGCAAAGAUGGAGCAGCUGCUGCAGCUGCAGCAGGCAGGGCUCGACGCCUUUCGCGCGUGCGUGGACAGGCUGCCGCAGCGGACAGCAGGACCACCGGCGGACUGCGGCUUCUCACCCCCGACGGCGGUGCUCAAGGGCGAGUGA